AUGCCAACAUCAAUUAUGAAACACUGUUCGAUCGGCAUCAUAAAUAAGAUACUACCAACUCAUCACCCGAUGAGACUUUCUCAACAGAUCGCUACUUUAAUUGUAUUAUCUAUUCGCAUGGCGCGCGCUGAAAUUUGCACAGAUAGCAAAUACUCUGUCCUCCAAGGCCGUAUCGGCAAUGUCUCAGUCGAUCCAAACACCUUUCGUUUGUGGCCAAAGAACGAACUAGGUCAGCAAAGUGCCCACACAAUUUGUCCCACCGGAUAUUCGUGUGACAACGGCCAGUUGUCGCUUCUUUUAGAAUCCAAAGCAACGCCCGUGGCCCAAAACCCCAUUGAUGGCAGAAUCCAGACCUAUAAGUACAAACCCAAUGCUAACAUUCCCCCAACUAUCGAUAACAGUACCUGCCUUGGUCUUGAUAGAUUUAGCGAAGUCUUUCUGCAAUCAAAACACACAGACCAGUAUCUCGCUGCUUGUGAAAACUGUGCCACGUCUAAGCAUGGUGUUAUGGCUAUGAUAUUCGCCAGUUACGGCGACGAACAUGCCCGUUGGAGAUUUGAAAGUAUUGCCGGAAAGUGUGCCAUUAAAAACCUCCACUACAAUAUGUAUCUCAGCAAUUGCCCUGAUUGUAUAUCUGGCAGUGGCCGUGGCUUUGGCUUGCCUGCCGUUGCUCUUUACAAAACGGCUGUGGACAAAGGCUCACUUGAUGAGCUCUGGGAAGUUAUACGGAAUGAGUUGGACCAAUUUUAUUUCCGAGUCGCCUCUUCUGGGCAGUACUUAUCUCUCUGCCUGGGUUGCUUCCCUGGUAAAAACAGCAUGCGAACACAAGGAACCCUCCAAUCACGGCCUGAUGAGACCGCCCCUGUUCCCUCGUAUAUGCUUUGGAGUGUAAUUACCCCCACAGAUGAACGUUCAGCCUAA